GAGGUAAAAACUGCCCUUGGUUAUCAGUCGGCCGCAAUGAAGCACCAAUAUAUACAGGGCGUCGGGAGAGACCAGGCACUCGUCUCACUGACAACACAUCUACCAUGAAUACUAAGGUGCUUCUCCUCCUCGGCCUGGCUGCUCUGGCCUCGGCCGACACUCCCAGAUACGCCUACAGUGCUCCUCGGGAUUCGUUCGAAGAUGACGCCAAGUAUAACUUCAACUGGGCCGUCGACCACGACGACUCCGGCAACCACUUCGGCCAGCAGGAGGCCCGUGACGGCGACGACACCCAGGGAUCGUACUACGUGCAGCUCCCCGACGGCCGCCUGCAGACCGUCAGGUACGUCGUGGACGGCGACUCCGGCUACGUGGCUGAAGUCAACUACGAGGGCGAGGCUCGCUACGACUCGGUCGAGUCUCGGGAAACGUUCCGAGCCAGACCCGCGUACUCCGCUCCCACUCCCCGCUUCGACUCCCGCGAGUCCCGCGAGAGAGCCGCCCCCACUCCCUUCAGGCCUCGUCGCUUCGACUCCCGCGAAUCCCUGGAAUUCCCCGGCCGCCUCUUCAACUCCCGCGAGUCGCUCGAGGUCAGCAGACGCCCCUUCGACUCCCGCGAGUCCCUGGAGGACAUCCGCAGGCGGUAUGGCUUCUGAGGGAUCACGAGCAACGAUCAACACGGACGAUGGACUUAGAACGACUUAAGCUAAUAGUGUGAAAGUAUUUAUUGUUGAACGAGCGUAUUAAAACUGAUGAUAAGCUUUCUUCUUUUAC